GAUUUCCCGUACACACCAAGAAUAGUAAGAUAAAAAAAAAGGUAAUCGCUCAAUCCCGGCGUGGCAGGGUUAAUUCGUCGAUUAGUUUGGCGCUCCCGUGGUUCGCGUGUAAUGGAAACAGUGGAGCGGCGAACUGAAUUCGAUGAACUUCCCAAAUUUAAACUUCUACUGUCGUGUCCGGCAGGUCUCUCUCCUUCCGAGGUGUCAGCGGUGUUCGAUCAGAAAUAUGAUAGGAUUCCCCAUCCUGAUAUCAGUUUGGAAAACACAAUUGCAGAGAUGUGGGAGAGGAGAGUUGAACAAAACCCAUCCUUGUUCAAUGGACUCAAGUUCAGGUAUGGUGGCCACGGUCUGGAUUUUGGGCCUGAUUCUUCUCAGAAGAUGAAUGUUCGCCUUCACCUUGGCCUGACAGAUUAUAGGACAUUUGUGGGGACAAAUUUAAAUCCUUUAUGGGAAAGAUUUCUCGUUCCAUCUGAAGACGACUGGAGAAGGGGUCAACAUACCUCUAAUCCUCUUGGCAAUGGUGCAAUUGUAGAGACAUCUAACAAAGAAGUGGUUGUGCUGCAAAGAAGUGCCAAUGUUGGCGAAUUCCCGGGGCACUUUGUUUUCCCUGGAGGCCACCCAGAGCCCAAAGAACUUGGCAUAAUAAGACAUCAAACAGAUGGAGAAUCAAUCCAGGAGAUGGUGGAGAAAAGGGUUUCUGAGGAAAUGUUUGAGAGCAUUAUUCGUGAAGUAGUUGAAGAAAUUGGAGUUCCUGCUGCUACCCUUGGCAAGCCCGUCUUUAUUGGUAUAUCACAGAGAGCGUUGAAUGUUAGACCAACUGCCUUCUUCUUCAUUAAAUGCAGUCUUAAGUCGGAGGAGAUUCAUAAAUGCUAUUUGAGCGCUGAAGAUAGUUACGAAUCAACCCAGCUUUAUACCAUGCCAAUGAGUAAUUUGGCCCGCAUUACGCCUAAAAUGCCGGGAUGCCACCAAGGAGGAUUUGCACUCUAUGAGUUGAUGGUUAAUGCUGUGAAAGAGAACAAACAGUCCUUGUAGGCACAGUGCAAAUUAAGAUAAUGACUUAUAUAUAUUUUGAUGUAGUCUGUGAUGAAGAUGAAAUUAGAGGAGCCAUUCAGAAGCCAUCACACAGCUGUUAUGAAUAGGAUGGUUUCAUGGUGAAAUAUAUGAUUAUAUGAGAGUAUUCUUGCAUUGCAAAAUUUUGUAAUCGAAUUGCAAUUUGUGACACCAUGUAUGUAUGCAUUUUAUGGUACUAUUGUUUAAAUCCCAUUUCACACUACCCUUAGGGGGUGUUUAAGCA